CCAGGUCCACUGUCAGCAGUAGGUGAUUUGAAAGUUGAUGUUAAAAAUGCCAGGCCAGUGACCAUCUUGUGGAGUGCUCCAUUCUCUCUGGAUGUGACUGGUGUUGAUCCUGAUAUCUGGUACUCUGUCCUCAUCUACAAUGUGACAGAUGAGAACAACCCAACAGCCAUCCUCUGUACUGACUGUAUCAAUAUCACUGAGACACACUACACCUUCACUCCUGACUACCUCAGUCCUUGUCAUGUGUACAACUUCUCUGUCAUUCCCCUCAAUGGAGCUGGCCAGGGAGAGAGCAGUCCCAAUAUCACUGGAUAUGUUUUAAACUUGUUAGCACUUAUAAAGACUCACAUCCGAGCUAUCUCUAGGGACGAGAGCAAAGUUACGUUUAAGAGUAAUCACACCAGUGAAAUUUGUAGUAGCUGGAGAGUCACUCCUGAUGUAGCUGAUGAUGAUCUUGUCAUUGAAGAGCCACCAUCACCAGAAGGACCAGAUGUCACCUACCAACUCCGUGCUGACAAUAGAUAUUCAUUCCUGGUGUCCCUUCCUCUUUUCAUUAGUAGAGCAGCCCCCCCACGGAUCAAUUUCACUACAUAUGAUGUCCAGAGUGCUGCCGCUUCCAAUGGUACCAAUAAUAAGAUAAAUUUGACUGGAGAGUUCAUUGAGAGCACAACGGCUCAAGGAUGUUUCAUAGUUUUAAAAUCUGAAUACAGAAAUCCUGAUGUGUUCAGAGCCCUACUACUGCCUGAUGACUCCAGCACUUAUAUACAGAGUACUAUUCAUGACAUUUUAUCUUCAACAUAUCAUGUGUUAGUGUAUGACCUUGAGGAAGAUGGACUGCCUAACAGCCAUCCUGCUGUUGAACAGACCACUAAUGUCACUGUUCUGGGGAAUGGUCCCAUUGCUGAUGCAGAAUCUCAAUUUCUAAACAAUGGCAGUGUUUACGUGAAUGAGACAUCAGUGAAUGUCACGUGUGAGUUCAAAGAAGGUAUAGAGGGAGCCUCUUGUGUCCUGGUCUAUCGAGAGUAUGGUAACAAGACACUAGUGGUGGAGGAAUAUCCUCAGAACACUGUCUUCCCUGUGACUCUGACUGUUGAUGAUGAUUUGGAGAACUACACAUUUGCUAUAUUUGGAAAGGAUGGUUCCAUGGUCGAUCAAAGACCAAUUAUUGCAGGAAGAAUGAAUGUUACUGAGACAACCACACCAACUACACCAACUACACCAGCUAUUACUGUAUCAACAUCCUCUGAUGGAAGAAGAUCAUCAAUUGCUAUUGGAGUGUCAGUUACUGUAUCUUUUGUCAUCAUUACUCUUGUCAUCUUGGCUGUAGUUAUGCUGAUUUGGUGGAAGAAGUCACACAAAGUUGGUUACAGCUCCUUCUCUCGUGUAGUUCACAGUUGCUUUUGUUGUCCUUCCCUGAGUGAAACUAACUACUUUGCUAGUGGAGAGAGCAGUUCUCAACUGAUAUCAAAUGAUGGUGGCACCCAACAACAAAUCGAUGGAUAUGCUGAAGGACCCCCUCGCAGUACGACGACCUCGCACCUAAGACAGGACGGUGGCAUUAGUGUGAGUACUCCUCCAGUGAUGUCUAAACAAAAGGGGAUAUACACCGAUGUGGAACCCUCAACAUCAGGAGUGCAACCCCCUAUCCCGGAGGACUCCAGAGUCCAGUACCAGGAGAUUGACAUCAGAACUACUCAUAAAAUGGCCCGUUCUCAAUAUGCUGACCUGGGACCUAUUCCUGCCAACCAAACCAAACCCUUGGAGAUGGACACAAGGACGCAGUGUCCUUACGUCACAAUCCUACCUCAUGCCACUACUCCUGUUAAUGACAGUGGCAACAGAGACAAGAAGAAUGUAGUCAAGGCAACACCCAAAGGACCCCCCACAGUGGACUCAGUGAUGUCACUGUUGUGGGGUGUGGCUGGUCGUUGGAAGGAGAUAGCAGAGGGUCUGGAGUUUGAUGAGGAUCUGAUUGAUGAGAUAGACACCAACAACGACAUGAAUGAGGGCUGUCUGCAGGUGUGUGUGGAGAUGUGGGUCACCAAACUAGAGCCAUCCUGGGAGAAACUUUCUCAUGUACUGAGAGAUCUGGGGGAAGUGGAACUGGCCCGGCAGGCCUUGAGUGGACCAGACAACUGUCAGUUACAGACAAUGAACAGGCAGAUCAGUUCUUCUUCAAGUGGAAUAGGCUCCGCACCAGUGACACCUCGAUUCAAACAUGAGGGCACUGAUUGCAGUGAGGUGGUGCCUGGAGUCUCCCAGCAGAUGCCCCCCAUUGACUGCAACAGUGGUGAUAUCAGAGGUGGCAAGAAAACAAUGUCAAGUGAAUGGUCAGAGCAGAAACAAGGAGUCAAAGCUGCUCUGAUGGGCUACCCUACUCUUAAAGAAGGAGAUCCGAGCAGCGAGAGUGAGAGGAACGGUGAGAGUGGAGAGAGUGAAUGUGACUAUCCUCUGCAAUGCUGCACUGAUGACGGCAGCAAUACAGUUGUGAUACCUGGAACUACCCCUUCUAUCCGGUUAUUCCCGGAAACAUGCUGCUACAGCUCUCCCCUUUCAUUCAUGGGUGAUGUGUGUCUGGUUGGUGAAAACAUUCUCAUUCCUGGAUGUGAGCACGAUACCAAUGACAAUCACUUCAAGCCAACAGAAAGGGAACAAGGAAAUGAGGACCUCCACAGAGAUUUUGUAUGUGCCACAAAACCAUCUGCUAUUCCCAAAUCUGAUUAUCCAGGGGCUGGAGGGAGAAAGGUUCAGACUGGAACUGUUGAAGUGACCACACACCAGCUCCCUGAUCACGGUCACUUCAAUGAAGCUGAGAUCCUGUCCAGUCCCAGCGAGUAUGUGGAGGGAUUCGAUGCCUGUGAACGUGUCAGCACAAAAUGUGUAAACAGCUCUACGAAUCACAUUGCUUUCUCAGUCCUCAAUGAAGUCAAAGGAUGUAUGGUGACCGGAGAUCUGUUCCCCAGAGUUGUCAAUGAUGAGGUGGCUCAGAGAAUGCCCAAAUCAGUGGCAGGGAAAACCCCACUCUCACGUCUAUCGUUUGCCCUUUGCAUUGGAAAUUUAAUUUCUGCAGAACUGAGGUGUGCUAGUGUACUCCAAGUACCCCACAAAAGGUCUCCAGUGCCUCCAGAACCACAAGAGAACAAUCCCAUGUGGUCCCCAACCUUGGAUGCCCUUGAUGAAAGAAUCAAUUUUCUACGAGAGGUCAUGCUUCUGGUGCCGGCAAUGAGCCGCUCCCCACAACCUCCACCACGGCCCAAGUCCAACAAGAAGAAGAUGAAAGUGGCUACUCCUUUCAAAAAGUACCAGGGGUUAACGCCCCCAGAGAACUUUCACGAGAAGAUCAUCAAGUGGAUGCACUGCGGAGUGGCACUCGGGUUUAAUGGACUUGGAAACAAGAUCCACUCCGGGAGCUACCCUGCCAAAGGGUAGCUCCCGCCGUCAGCAGCCCUGGCUCUCGCUCUACUGGAUGCAAGGCCAGGGUUGCUGACUCAAAACUGUGAUGAAGGAAUUUCCCCUGAUGUCAGUUUCAAAAAUAUCUAAACUCUGGCCCAAGUGAAUUUUGUAUUUGAACUGCUUUUUAUCCGCCGCUUGAAAACCUAUCACUAAGGAUUGUAAAGUCCUUUCAAAUGUAGCUGUAUAAUGUACUCACAUUUUGUUCAUAAAUACUGUGCUUAUGUAAUCCCCCCAAAUCAGUAUAAUUAUUAUUAUUAAACCCU